UGUUAUGAAGCAUUACAUUGGGGUGGCAAUGAAGUGGACACUGGUACUCUCCUUGUACCUUACAAUAGAAGGUCUAUACAGUGAUACGACAGUGACGAUCUACCCUCAGUGGUUAUCUCAGGGAGGAAACGUUCGCUAUGAGAGUAACAGAUGGAAUAAGCACAACGGUCUGGAAAAAGAGCCCCUUAUUCCAAGAUGUCGGAGCAUUCGGACUGAUAGCGGGCGCUGGAUAAACAGAGAUAUUAACGGACGUGUCUUCCAAGAUUGGCCAGAGGACCCAAACCGUAGUGGCUACCCUGACCCUAGCUACUUGAAGAACGCCACCAAACAGCAGAAACUGUUCUCCGGGUAUCUUGCUAACAUUAACAGCGGCUUUGAGAAUGAUAUGUUCAUGAUGUUGACAGGUCAUGUGUUUCCAACUUGGAUGAACCAGUCCCAACACAAGGGUCAGUUCCCCAACAACGUCGAUGCUGCUGCAGAGUUCAUGGUGUUGCUGGUGCAAGGAAUCUAUGAUUACACAAAAGGCAGGAUCCCAGCUUACUUCGAACCCAUCAAUGAACCCGAUUCUCACUGGAAGAUAAUGAACUUCACGACCGUCUCCAUUUUACAUAAACUGGUGGCUGAGAAACUCCAUGCCAGAUUUAACAUCCACGUGGUUGGUCCUACACUCACCGGGUAUUCUGGGGUGAUGGAUAAACACGACUUUUCCUUUUUAGAGCAAAGUGACACAGUUCAUGGACACCACUUUAGACUAUCUAGAUGCGUUUUCGUUCCAUUCGUACAACUCACUGAUUGUUUCAGGCAAAUCUCAUCGAUUUGCUGGGAUGAAUGAAGCACGCCUUGUAGCAUUUGUUGAUCUAGUUGAAAAUUAUGCUUAUCUCAAAAAAGGGAAAAUUAUCCCACUAGUUAUCAGUGAAUAUGGUCGCGAUCGCGUUGUAGGCAUGGACAAGUAUGCUCCAUCAGGUAUAACAGAUUUUUCAACAAUAUAUCACUCCAAUGCACACAGAUUCACUCAACUUGGUCUCAGAGAAUACAUUGACAGAUCGGUAGUGUUUCUUUUAGCCAAUGAACAAUUCCCAGGACAUGACAGUCUCAACUGGUCACUUUUCACUCUCCAAGGUAAAGCUACAAAUAAUGUCGAUGUGUACAGGUUUUGGUACAAUUUCACGUCAGACUACUCCUUCAUCAGAAUCAUGAGUCAGUAUGAUGGAGACGAAAGAACGGUGUCACCCUUAGCGAUGGCCAGUUCACUGUAUAAUGAAACAGUCAUUCUCUUACACAGCUAUUCUCAGAAGUCACAGAAAGUCAAGUUAGUAUUUCAGAACGGAUGGAUCAAACCAACCACUGGAGAAGCCACCUGCAUCACAAUCAAGGACAACUGGUACCCGGCCAUGACCUUCAACAAACCCUUCGACAUAGGGAAAACUCAAGGAAUGGUUGAACUUCCCCCUGAAGCAACAUGUCGCUUUACAUUUAAAACAUCUUCAAAUCAACUACCUUCGGUCACUCUCAAGGAAACCACAUAUUAUGGAACUGACACAGUUAUACCAAUCAAGGGCAAUGUCGUCUCGACAGUGAUAUCUCUACCAAAUGGCCAGUACGACAGUGCAAGACUGAGAGUUUCGACCAGUUGGCCGAUUAACGUAACAAACAAUGUUACAUACAUAACCUUUAACCUCCACCCUCUUCACUCUUUCCAUAAGCUGUAUGAUUCUGACAAGCUUGACAGCACCACCAGUUGGGAAGUUUGGGAGUUUGUAGUCCCCACAUCAGUGUUUGUCACAGGGGCUAACCAGGUACUAGUUCACUUCUCAAACAACAUGGCAGCGGGAUACAUUUCUUCAGUGGCUCUUGUCACGGGCAAAUUGUCCAGCUGAAGUCAUAAUAAUAACAAUUAUUCUGAAAUAUUCCUCAAUGGACGUGACACUGUUAACGUGAAUUUGCUGGAAUAAACCUAUGU